GUCUACGCUGCCCAGGGUAAGGUCUAUUUGGCCGAGGAGUUGUAUAAACGCUUCCUAGAAGUUAUGCAAAGGACGCUCGGUCCAAACCACGAGUCGACUCUCGCCACAGACGGCAACUUGGGCCUGCUAUCCAAGGACCUGGGCCGACUUGACGAGGCCGAGGACAUGUUCCAACGGGCCAUGCAGGGCUUCGAGAAGAUUCUAGGGCCCGAGGACCCCACGACUCUCGAUGCCGUCACCAACUUUGGCAACAUCUACGCCGCUCGGGGCCUGCCGAUGAAAGCGGAAGAAAUGUACAAACGGGGAAAAGACGGGCUCGAGAAGGCUCGCGGAUGGCAUCACUUGUCCACUCUCAACGCCGCCAAUAACCUCCGCCUCACCUACACUGAGCAAGGUCGUUUGGGAGAUGUGGAGCAGAUU